AUGGAUUGUAGCCAUGCAAAAUGUUCACAUAGUUACCUUGUUCUACCUAUUUUCACAUUUAGAGCUCACUCACUCACCCUUUGGCGCACGCGUCCCUCUCGUAUCCACAACUUUCCCAUUUUCAAUUCCAUCUACUUAUCCUUCAAUUUUGUCGCUUCAUUCCUUGUGUCACAACUCAUGAUGUGGAUAUACUCCCUUCUUGUUUCUUCCCUGAUUUAUAACAUCCAAGCAGAACUUGUGACUGCUUCGAAGCGAGACAUCCUCAUAACUUCCUCCACACCUCUCUCGGACCAUCCAGCCUGUCUACAAACGACGUACUAUGGGACUUACGGCGGAUCUUCUCAUACUCAAGAACACAUCUUCCUUCCUUCGCCUGAAUGUCUCACUGCUCAAGGGACGAUCUCCUCUUUGAAUACCGGCUCCAUCAUCUCGGUCCCUCCUUCUCAAGAUGGACGUAUUGUUUGGGUGGGUCCAGCGGGAGUUGAUCCUUCUCUCCUUCCCUCCGAUUCAGACCUUUCUUCCAUAUGGGAAACCAUCUCUUCUCUUUCAUCAUCCUCCAAUCCUCUGACGCAAGAUGAAACGCAACAUGUCAUCGGUAUCUCAUGGGAAAAGAAAGAGAUCAUACUUCUCCAUCGUUCUUCCAACUCGUUACUCCUUCAAGUCCCUUCGGACCAAUUGGGAAUUCUCGACACUCUUCUUCCUGCUCAUUUAGUACCUGUAGCUUUACCACAAGAACCAUUACCGACUUUAUGGCCUGGAGUUGGAUCUCGUUUCGCUUCGAAUUUAGCAAACCUCACCAAGACUUUGAAGUUUGAUCCGACGUUGGACGCUGUUUUGAAUGAGGGUAUCCAAUUGAAUGCGGUGAGAAGAAAUGUGAGAUGGUUGACUGGUGAAGCUCCUAGUGGUUGGAAAUCUAGACAUGCAUUCACUCAGGGAGCUCAUGAAGCUGCGAAAUGGAUCAAACACAAAGUAGAAUCCUUAGGUCCUGAAUGUAUUUUCUUCCCAUUCUUACCCGGUUUCUCUCCAGAUGUAAUUUGUCAUUAUCCUUCUCUUUCAAAUUCAACAGAAAUGGUCAUUCUUUCAGCUCAUUACGACUCUCGAGGAUCUUUCGGGCUCACUAGAGCUCCAGGUGGGAAUGAUGAUGGUUCUGGAUCUGGACAAUUGUUAGGGAUAGUGGAAGCUAUUUCAAGUCAAGGAUUACAAUUUGAGAAACAAUUGGUAGUUGCUUUCUUCUCAGGGGAAGAACAAGGUUUAUAUGGAAGUCAUUAUUUUGCCAAACAUCUUUACGAACAAAACGCGACUGUCUUGUUACAUAUUCAAGCUGAUAUGUUGGGAUAUCACGUUCCAGGUGAACCAUUACAACUGGCUCUUCCCGAAUCUAUCGGCCUUCCUGAAGCCGCCCAUCUCGUAGGCAACGUCUCCCAUCUUUACUCCCCCGAAUUAGUGGUCGGCACAACCGCAGCUUGUUGCUCAGAUCAUCAAUCCUUCGUCGCCUACGGUUUCCCCGCCACUCAGGUGUAUGAACGUAAUGGUCCUAUCGCAGAUCCGAAGUAUCACAAUAGCGGGGAUAUCAGUCAGAGGGAAGGAUAUGAUUUUGAACAAAUUGUAGCUAUCGCUCGUGUUGUUUUGGCCACCGCUAUGACUGUUGCUGGGUGGAAAAUCAAGUAG